AAGCCAACUGUGGAUGUAACUGUUGCACUUUGAACACAGACAUGAACCACUGAGACAGCAAAAGUAGAAAAAGCCUGGAAUACGCUUGAGGGAAGAGCUCCGUCUCGAUCCCCCUCCACAAAAAGAAGGUCUGGAAUCAUGAGGUCCUUGUGGCUGCUGGUAUUUUCCUUCUCUGUUUUGACUGGGACCAACAUGGCAUUUCCAAUGAUUCUGUCGGAGCGCCCUGAAGUCACCGGGAGCUUCAAGGUUAAAGACACGAGUCUCACUCACCUCACAGUGCACCGCAAAACUGGUGAGGUGUUCGUGGGUGCUAUAAACCGAGUCUACAAGCUUUCUGCCAAUCUCACCGAAACGCGUUCUCACCAGACCGGUCCCGUGGAAGACAACGCCAAGUGCUAUCCACCCCCCAGUGUACGAGCUUGCACGCAGAAACUGGAGUCUACAGACAACGUCAACAAAUUGCUGCUGGUUGAUUAUGCGGGCAACCGUCUGGUGGCCUGUGGAAGCAUCUGGCAGGGCGUGUGCCAGUUCCUGCGGUUGGAAGAUCUGUUCAAGCUUGGUGAACCACAUCACCGUAAAGAGCACUACCUCUCGGGAGCCAAAGAGUCUGAUGGGAUGGCUGGAGUCGUGGUGGGUGAUGAUGACGGAGACUUGAAGAAGAAAAAGAAAGGUGGCAGUCGACUCUUCAUUGGUGCUGCAAUCGAUGGCAAAUCAGAGUAUUUUCCAACCCUCUCUAGCCGUAAACUGGUGGCGGAUGAGGAAAGUGUUAACAUGUUCAGUUUGGUCUACCAAGAUGAGUUUGUGUCUUCUCAAAUCAAGAUACCUUCAGACACCCUCUCUCAGUAUCCCGCAUUUGAUAUCUACUACGUCUACGGGUUCUCCAGCCGGACUUACAUCUAUUUCCUCACUUUGCAACUGGAUACUCAGCUCACUCAGGUGGAUGUGACGGGGGAGAAGUUCUUCACCUCAAAAAUAGUCCGCAUGUGCUCCAAUGACACUGAGUUUUACUCCUACGUAGAGUUCCCGCUUGGGUGCACCAAGGAUGGCGUGGAAUACAGACUUGUUCAAGCUGCCUACAAGCAUCGUCCUGGAAAGAUUCUGGCACAGGCUUUGGGCCUGUCUGAGGAUGAGGAUGUCCUGUUCGUGAUCUUCUCCCAGGGUCAGAAGAACAGGGCUAACCCACCGAGAGAAACAGUGCUGUGCCUCUUCACACUGCACCAGAUUAACCUGGCCAUGCGAGAGAGGAUCAAGUCAUGCUACCGCGGAGAGGGAAAGCUGUCUCUGCCGUGGUUGCUCAACAAGGAGCUGCCUUGCAUUAAUACGCCCAAGCAGAUUGGUGAUGAUUUCUGCGGCCUGGUCUUGAAUCAGCCCCUUGGGGGAUUGAUGGUGAUCGAGGGCAUUCCUCUGUUUGACGACCGCACUGACGGCAUGGCAUCAGUGGCUGCAUACACAUACGGAGACCAUUCGGUGGUGUUUGUGGGCACUCGCAGCGGCCACCUCAAGAAGAUUCGAGUGAAUGGUGUUCCUCCGCCGUCAGAAAACGCUUUGCUGUACGAGACCGUGACCGUUGUGGAGGGAAGCCCCAUCCUGAGGGACAUGGUGUUCAGUCCAGACUAUCAGUACAUCUAUCUGCUGAGCGACAAACAGGUGAGUCGUCUGCCGGUGGAGAGCUGUUCUCAGUACAGCAGCUGUAAGACGUGUCUGGGCUCUGGAGAUCCUCACUGCGGCUGGUGUGUCCUGCAUAACAAGUGCUCCAGAAAGGAGGCCUGUGAGAAGUGGGCCGAGCCGCUUCACUUCAGUACAGAGCUGAAGCAGUGUGUGGACAUUACCGUCACUCCGGAUAACAUGUCUGUGACCUCCGUGUCUACACAGCUGAGUGUGAAGGUGGCGAACGUCCCGAACCUCUCUGCGGGGGUGACGUGUGUGUUUGAGGAGCUCACCGAGAGUCCAGGAGAAGUGCUGGCUGAAGGACAAAUCCUCUGCAUGUCCCCUUCCCUUCGGGACGUCCCGUCUGUCACUCAGGGAUAUGGCGAUAAACGGGUCGUGAAGCUUUCUCUGAAGUCCAAAGAGACGGGGCUCAAAUUCAUCACCACCGACUUCGUCUUCUACAACUGCAGCGUUCUGCAAUCGUGUUCAUCGUGUGUUAGCAGUUCUUUCCCUUGCAACUGGUGUAAAUAUCGCCACAUCUGCACUAAUAAUGUAGCCGAGUGCUCUUUCCAGGAAGGUCGGGUGAGCAGUGCAGAGGGCUGCCCACAGAUUUUGCCCAGCAGUGACAUCCUGGUACCGGCGGGGAUCGUUCGGCCAAUCACAUUGCGAGCCCGAAACUUGCCCCAGCCUCAGUCUGGACAGAAGAACUAUGAGUGCGUCUUUAACAUCCAGGGAAAAGUGCAGCGUAUUCCUGCGGUCCGCUUCAACAGUUCCUGCAUCCAGUGUCAGAACACCUCGUACUGGUAUGAAGGGAACGAGAUGGGGGAUCUGCCUGUGGAUUUCUCCAUCGUGUGGGACGGUGACUUUCCCAUCGACAAACCCUCAUCCAUGAGAGCUCUCCUGUAUAAGUGUGAGGCUCAGAGGGACAGCUGUGGACUAUGUCUGAAGGCUGACAGCACAUUUGAGUGUGGCUGGUGUUUGGCCGAUAAGAAGUGUCUCCUAAAGCAACACUGUCCAUCAGCCGAACACAACUGGAUGCAUCAGGGACGACGCAACAUUCGCUGCAGCCAUCCGCGCAUUACCAAGAUUCGUCCUCUGACGGGCCCGAAAGAAGGAGGCACACGCGUCACCAUUGAAGGGGAGAAUCUGGGGCUGCAGGUUCGAGAAAUCACUCACGUGCGUGUGGCUGGAGUUCGCUGUAACCCUGCUGCAGCUGAAUACAUCAGCGCUGAGAGGAUUGUGUGUGAUAUGGAGGAGUCCCUGAUGUCCAGUCCUCCCGGAGGUCCGGUGGAGCUGUGUAUCGGAGACUGCAGCGCUGAGUACAGGACUCAAUCCACACAGACUUACUCCUUUGUGAUGCCGAGCUUCAGUCGAGUGCGCCCUGAGAAAGGCCCGGUGUCCGGCGGGACGAGGCUGACCAUCUCAGGCCGACAUCUGGACGCCGGCAGCGCUGUGACCGUGUUUUUGGCCCAGGAGGAGUGUCUGUUCGUCAGGAGGACGGUGCGUGAGAUUGUGUGUGUGACGCCUCCAUCAGCUUCAGGAUCUGGACCUUCAUCUGUGAAGCUGUUUAUUGAUAAAGCAGAGAUCACCAGCGACACCCGCUACAUCUACACUGAAGACCCAAAUAUCUCCACCAUCGAGCCCAACUGGAGCAUCAUCAACGGCAGCACAAGCCUCACGGUCACAGGAACCAACCUGCUCACCAUUCAGGAGCCCAAAGUCAGAGCCAAAUAUGGAGGAGUGGAGACCACAAACAUCUGUAGUCUGGUCAAUGACUCUGUGAUGACGUGCUUGGCUCCGGGCAUCAUCUACACUAAACGUGAGGCUCCAGAAAGCGGCGUUCACCCGGACGAGUUCGGCUUCAUCCUGGAUCACGUCUCUGCCCUCCUCAUCCUCAACGGGACUCCGUUCACUUACUAUCCCAACCCGACCUUUGAACCUCUUGGGAAUGCCGGGAUUCUGGAGGUCAAACCAGGAUCACCCAUCAUCCUGAAGGGCAAGAACCUGAUUCCUCCUGCGCCUGGGAACAUCCGUCUGAAUUACAGCGUGACGAUCGGAGAAACGCCCUGCCUGCUAACAGUCUCUGAAUCUCAGCUGCUCUGCGAUUCGCCAGAUCUGACCGGAGAACAGCGAGUGAUGAUUCUUGUCGGCGGUCUGGAAUAUUCCCCCGGAAUGCUUCACAUUUAUUCGGACAGCACUCUCACGUUGCCUGCCAUCAUCGGGAUCGGAGCAGGUGGAGGAGUCCUCCUCAUCGCCAUCAUCGCUGUGCUCAUCGCUUACAAGCGCAAGACGCGGGACGCCGACCGCACACUCAAACGCCUGCAGCUGCAGAUGGACAACCUGGAGUCCCGGGUUGCGCUGGAGUGCAAGGAAGCAUUCGCUGAGCUGCAGACAGACAUCCAAGAGCUGACGAAUGACAUGGACGGUGUGAAAAUCCCUUUCCUGGAGUAUCGUACCUACACCAUGAGAGUGAUGUUCCCUGGCAUCGAGGAGCACCCGGUUCUGAAGGAGCUGGACUCUCCAGCUAAUGUGGAGAAGGCCCUGCGCUUGUUCAGUCAGCUGCUGCACAACAAGAUGUUCCUGCUGACCUUCAUCCACACGCUGGAGGCGCAAAGGUCCUUCUCCAUGCGGGAUCGUGGCAAUGUGGCCUCCCUCCUCAUGGCGGCACUGCAGGGACGGAUGGAGUACGCCACUGUGGUUCUCAAACAGCUGCUAGCCGACCUGAUCGAGAAGAACUUGGAGAACCGAAACCACCCUAAACUACUGCUUAGACGAACUGAAUCUGUGGCAGAGAAGAUGCUCACCAACUGGUUCACGUUCCUUCUGCACCGCUUCCUCAAGGAGUGUGCGGGCGAGCCUCUGUUUAUGCUGUACUGUGCUAUAAAACAGCAGAUGGAGAAAGGCCCCAUAGACGCCAUCACAGGAGAGGCCAGAUACUCCCUGAGCGAAGACAAGCUCAUCCGACAGCAAAUCGACUACAAGCAGCUGACGCUGAUGUGUAUUCCUCCUGAAGGAGAAGCCGGGACAGAAAUCCCUGUUAAGGUGCUAAACUGUGACACGAUCACUCAGGUGAAGGACAAGCUGUUGGACGCUGUUUAUAAAGGCAUCCCGUACUCGCAGAGACCACAGGCGGACGACAUGGACCUGGAAUGGCGGCAGGGUCGACUGACCAGAAUCAUCCUCCAAGAUGAAGACGUCACCACAAAGAUCGAGAGCGACUGGAAGAGACUGAACACACUGGCACAUUACCAGGUGACAGAUGGGUCUUUGGUGGCUUUGGUUCAGAAGCAAGUAUCCGCUUACAACAUCGCCAACUCUUUCACGUUCACUCGCUCUCUCAGUCGAUACGAGAGCCUCUUGAGGACGUCCAGUAGUCCAGACAGCCUGCGCUCCAGGGCUCCCAUGAUCACUCCUGACCAGGAAACGGGUACCAAACUCUGGCACCUGGUGAAGAACCAUGAGCAUGCAGACCAGCGGGAAGGAGACCGCGGCAGCAAGAUGGUGUCUGAGAUUUACCUCACACGCUUACUAGCUACCAAGGGCACUCUGCAGAAGUUUGUGGACGAUCUGUUUGAGACGGUCUUCAGUACAGCUCACCGCGGCAGCGCUCUCCCGCUGGCCAUCAAAUACAUGUUUGAUUUCCUGGAUGAACAGGCGGACAAGAGGCAGAUCACCGACCCAGACGUACGGCACACCUGGAAGAGCAACUGCCUUCCUCUGCGGUUUUGGGUCAACGUGAUCAAAAACCCUCAGUUUGUGUUUGACAUCCACAAGAACAGUAUUACAGAUGCCUGUCUGUCGGUGGUGGCUCAGACAUUUAUGGACUCCUGCUCCACGUCUGAGCAUCGUCUGGGAAAAGACUCUCCGUCAAACAAACUGCUCUACGCUAAAGACAUCCCCAACUACAAGAGCUGGGUGGAGAGAUAUUACCGUGACAUCAGCAAGAUGCCAAGUAUCAGUGAUCAGGAUAUGGAUGCCUAUCUGGUCGAGCAGUCUCGUCUCCAUGGCAACGAGUUCAACACACUGAGCGCGCUCAGUGAACUGUAUUUCUACAUCAACAAGUACAAAGAAGAGAUUUUGACAGCGCUGGACAGAGACGGUUACUGUCGCAAACACAAGCUACGACACAAACUGGAACAAGCCAUUAACCUGAUGUCUGGCAGCAGCUGAGGGUGGUGACAGAUCGGACGGGACGGGACGGGAGGGGAAGCGGGUUUGGGGAGAGAUGAGACUGAAUUGAUGGCGUCCAGCGGACCGACCCGUGUUAGAACAUCCACAGCUUGUGCUAGCAGAAGGUGAGGCUAAACACUGGACAAUCAACUCUAACGGAACCACAGCACAGCAUAUCAAGCCCAAUGUUUUUUCUGGACCAGAUCCUGUAUUCCCAAACGCCCUCACUCCCUAAUGCCCGACCCGACCCCGUUCAUAUCAGCCUGCCUAACAAACUCUUCAACAUGGACUACUGUGGAUCAGACACAUUCCAAUGAGGAAAAGAUGCAACAUGUUGCCUUCGAAGUAAAGAUAGUGCCAUGGAAGGAAAUAUCCAUCUUUCUGGGA